AUAUGCCCUGCGUGCAAGCCCAGUAUAGCCCUUCGCCUCCAGGUUCCAGUUAUGCAGCGCAGACAUAUGUCUCGGAAUACAGCCCGGAAAUCAUGAACCCCGACUACACCAAGCUAACUAUGGACCUUGGCAGUACCGAGAUCACAGCCACGGCCACCACAUCCCUGCCCAGCUUCAGUACCUUCAUGGAGGGCUACUCGAGCAACUACGAACUCAAGCCCUCCUGCCUGUACCAAAUGCAGCCGUCAGGGCCUCGACCCUUGAUCAAGAUGGAGGAAGGCCGCGCGCACGGCUACCACCAUCACCACCCUCAUCCUCACCCCCACUCUCAUCACCAGCCACCGCAGCAGCAACAGCCGUCCAUUCCGCCCCCAUCCGGCCGGGAGGACGAGGUGCUACCCAGCACCUCCAUGUACUUCAAGCCGUCCCCGCCGUCCACCCCCACCACGCCGGGCUUCCCCCCGCAGGCGGGGGCGCUGUGGGACGACGCGCUGCCCUCGGCUCAAGGCUGCCUCGCGUCCGGUCCGCUGCUCGACCCGCCGAUGAAAGCAGUGCCCCCGGGGACCGGCGCGCGCUUCCCGCUCUUCCACUUCAAGCCCUCGCCUCCGCACCCGCCCGCGCCCAGCCCGGCCGGCGGCCACAGCCAGGCCGCCGCGCUCGAGGGUCACCCCUAUGGGCUGCCGAUGGCCAAGAGGGCGCCCGCCCUGGCCUUCCCGCCGCUGGGCCUCACGGCCUCCCCCACCGCGCCCAGCCUGUUGGGCGAGAGCCCCAGCCUGCCAUCGCCCCCCAACAGGAGCUCGUCGUCCGGCGAGGGCACGUGCGCCGUGUGCGGGGACAACGCCGCCUGCCAGCAUUACGGCGUACGCACCUGCGAGGGCUGCAAGGGCUUCUUCAAGAGAACAGUGCAGAAAAAUGCAAAAUAUGUUUGCCUGGCAAAUAAAAACUGCCCCGUGGACAAGAGGCGCCGAAACCGAUGUCAGUACUGUCGAUUCCAGAAAUGUCUCAGUGUUGGAAUGGUUAAAGAAGUUGUCCGUACAGAUAGUCUGAAAGGGAGGAGAGGUCGGCUGCCUUCCAAACCAAAGAGCCCAUUACAGCAGGACGCUUCUCAGCCCUCCCCGCCUUCUCCUCCGGUCUGUAUGAUGAAUGCCCUUGUCCGAGCUUUAACAGAUUCAACGCCCAGAGAUCUUGAUUAUUCCAGAUACUGUCCCACUGACCAGGCCGCUGCAGGCACAGAUGCUGAGCACGUACAACAGUUCUACAACCUUCUGACAGCCUCCAUUGAUGUAUCCAGAAGCUGGGCAGAAAAGAUUCCUGGAUUUACUGAUCUCCCUAAAGAAGAUCAGACAUUACUAAUAGAAUCAGCCUUUUUGGAGCUGUUUGUUCUUAGACUUUCCAUCAGGUCGAACACUGCUGAAGAUAAGUUUGUGUUCUGCAAUGGACUUGUCCUGCAUCGACUUCAGUGCCUUCGUGGAUUUGGAGAGUGGCUCGACUCCAUUAAAGACUUUUCCUUAAGUUUGCAGAGCCUGAAUCUUGAUAUCCAAGCCUUAGCAUGCCUGUCAGCACUGAGCAUGAUCACAGAACGACAUGGGUUAAAAGAACCAAAGAGAGUGGAGGAGCUAUGCAACAAAAUCACAAGCAGCUUAAAAGACCACCAGAGUAAGGGACAGGCUUUGGAACCCACCGAGCCCAAGGUCCGGGGUGCCCUGGUCGAACUGCGGAAGAUCUGCACCCUGGGCCUCCAGCGCAUCUUCUACCUGAAGCUGGAAGACCUGGUGUCUCCACCUUCCAUCAUCGACAAGCUCUUCCUGGACACCCUGCCUUUCUGA